AUGUCACCCCGUCGAUCACCGCUUGUGCCAAAGGAUUAUAAUGGAGUUGUCAAACAAGAAAAGGAAAAUAAGGGUUGGCCCAGAUGUUACAAAACGAUGUCUGGCAAGGCGUGUCUCAAAUGCCAAGACAGAUGUUUAAAAUGGUGGCAUAAACGAUGUUUCGAUGCUACGUUGCAUUAUCGGGCUGAUGAAGCAAAAGCUCGAUCACGUGAUGGACAACUUCUUUGUGCUGCAUCUGUGGUUGAGCUUGAAGAAAAUGCGGAAAAUCCAGCGACUCUUUUGUUACCGGAUAUGGAAGCAGCUCCUAAUGCAAAUGCUUCAGCAGGCUUAGAAUUGUCAUAUUUGAGAACUUCUUCAGGAGUUUCAUUCAAAUCCGCAUUCUCUGCCUCAGUUUCGUCCGCAUCCACAAACGAUGAAUUUACGGCGGAGAGGCAAUAUUUGGGCUACAUCAACAACUUGAUGAGUUCCAUUCUGAGAGUGAAAACCAUUGUGAAGCUGCGUGACAAGUAUAUGGCACGUUUAAUUGUUCACGCUUUCUACAGAGUUGACAAGUGUAAAGAAUUGUGGAGAAGAUGCGAGUCGCCUCUCAUGGCCGCGUUGCUUGUCGAGUGUAUUUCCAAAAAACUCAUCGAAAAAUUCGAUGAACGGUACGAUAUUCGAAUGGCAACGCUUUUCAAGGCACAAAAAAGCAACUUUUCUAAUUUGGCUUACCGGCUACUCGAAAGCACGUUGAUUGAAAUGGCACACGAAUGCAAAGAUGAAAAUUUCCUCGGCCAUGUUUUGUGUCAAGAUGCUAUGAACGAUCGUUGGAAACCAGGGUUUCGAUGUUCUCGUCUCGGUUUCUUCAUGGUCUACAUCUUCUCAUCAAUUUUUUUCUGGUUGCCCCUAAUCUUGCAUCCAUGUGGUUUCUUUUUUGAACAAGAAAUCUCGAUGAAUGACGAAAAUGAAGAAGAAAAUCAAAGCUGGCUUGAGCGUCUCAAAAAGUACUGGGUGAAACAGAUCAAAAAUGGUCCCCACAGAUGGUGGUGUUUUGUGACAUCACCAUGUUUUCGUUUCGCGCUUUAUAUGACGGGUUAUGUGACCUACUUGAGUUAUUUCAUCUGGCUACUAUUGGGCAUUCAUGAAGUGAAAAACUUACAAGGAGAAUUGACACGAAAGCGUUGGAUGUUAUUUUCUUUAUGGCAAAUGUUUUACCUUGUUGACAUCUUUUGCCAAUAUCUUUCCUUUUCGCAGCGAAAACGGCUAAGUAAGCCAGGAUCACACGCCAAUGGUCUCUAUAAGUUCUUUUGGAAAGAUCGCGCCUACACGACGCUCAUGUUGGGUUUAAUGGUCGUCAGCUAUCUGUUCGUCUGCUUGGUUCUGCUACUUUCUUCCAUGGAUUUCUUGAGUUUCGGUUCGGAAAGCAAGAAACUAGCGGCGAUUUUCGAAAUUAUCAAGUUCUAUGCACUGCUUUUUUACGAAGUUUUCUUUUUCCUCAAUUUUAUCUUUGCCGCUUUGUGGACGUUACGCGUUUUGACGGUUUUCCCAAAACUGAGCGCAAUUGUUAUGACAAUCAAGAAAAUGCUUGAGUUAUCAGCGAAUUUCUUGCUGGUCUCUUUGUUCUUCUGGGUCGCAUAUGGUUUAUGCCAGGUUUCCCUACGUGGAAUCAAUAGCGAAAGCAGCAUACAAUGGUCACUUUUUUCAAAUGGAGCCUUCGAGAUCUUUGGCGAAUUAGACGAAAAAGUCAAAAAUGGCGAAGUGAACUGCACGAUGCCCUUAUCGUGGAUCACCUUCCAAGCAAACGAACUUCAGUGCGCCUUUCGGCAAUGGAUGAUCCCAGUGUUUCUCUUUUUGUACACGAUCAUCACAAGUGUCCUCAUUGUCAAUAUUCUCACCGUUUUAAUCGGUCAGUACUACAAAAAAGUCGUAUCAACGGAACAAUGGAGAAUUCUUUGGUAUGAGAGAAUUGUCGACAACGAGGACAAGCUGUUUUUUCCGCCUCCACUCACGCUGCUCAACAUUUUCAUCUAUGUUCCUCUUUGGCUCUAUAGAAAGCGUUACUGUUCACCAAAGAAACGACCCGACACUGACACAACGCCCUUUUCAAUAUAUUGG